AUGGUUAACCUCAACUUCUCCACCGUCGUCCUGCUGCCGGCCCUGCUGGCCGCCGGGGCGACGACCACCAUGGUCUUCAGCACCAACAACGCCACUUUCGCCAACAUCACCGCCAUCAUCGACGACACCACCAUCACCACCAUGCCCGGCACAGACGGCCUGCCCCUCACCCGCGAGUGGACCGGCAUCGCCCCGCUCGACCGCCAGUUCACCGUGCUGCUCAUCUUCUUCUGGCAGCUGCUCGACGGCCGCCAUCCCGCUGCCACCCUGCAAGCCGCGCACUUCUUCGGCCAGAUGGGCGCCUACUGGACUCUGAUGCAGCUGGAAGCAAAGCGCCAAGGCAACAAACACCGCAUCAUCGCAUACACCACGCUCAUCGGCCUCCUCUACCAAAACAUCUCCGUCGCCAUCACCAUCCCGCUCUGGUGCCUCCUCCACCUGCUCGCCCUCCCCUCCCGCACCAACUCUUCCGCCCUCACCGCCAGCCUGUCCUUCUCCCCGACCGAAGCCCGCAUCCUCCCCUGGGCCAUGACGCUCGGCUACAUCCUCCCGACGGCCGCCAUGUCGCUCCCCUCGCCCGCCCUCGUCCCGGCCCUCACCCAGCAGACCCUCGUCUCCGCCUGGCAAGUCUUCCCGCUAUGGAUCCACCUCUCCACCGCCGCCAUCCUGCGCCCUUUCUUCUCCACCACCACCCCCACGACGUCCACCACGCCCACCACGACAUCCACCCCCCACCUCUUCGCCUUCCUCCUCGCCACCAUCCCGCACGCCGCCACCCUCUCCCUCUCCCUCAGCACCCUCCUCUUCCCCGCGCUCUUCCGCCCCUCCCUCGCCGCGUCCCUGCACCCCGCCGCCGUCUUCCUGCCCAAGUACUCUCCCGCUUCUCCCUCUUCCGCUUCUUCCGCUUCCGCCGCAGCCAUCCCGCUGGAAGAAGGCGUCCACCGCUUCAUGCAGUGGGACGAGUGCGUCAGCGGCGCCGCCGCCGUCGUGUGGGCCGCGACGCUGUACGUGCGGGACACGCGGAUCAAAGGUAACAAUGGCGGCGGGGAAGGAGGGAUCGUCAGGUGGGGGUGGCUGGGGGUGGCGGCGAGGGCGGUGGGGUGGAGCGUCGUGGGGGGCCCGGCGGCGGCGGCGGUGGCGUUGGUCUGGGGGAGGGACGAGGUGUGUUUGGUGGGGGGGAACAAGAAGAUGUGA